AAUAGUCGCCCCACCCUCCAUACAACAUAAAAAUACAGUACAAUAAUUGAAGAAAUAGAUAUAAUUGUUCAAAUCUGUUGGAUCAAUAUUUAUAAUUAGGGGAUGGAUUCAAGAACCAUGCAUCAUGCUCUGGUCAUAAUGACUCUCUUUGUGGUUGCAUUUUGCGUUAUUAGUCCAUCAGGGAGGACGGAAGCAAGGAAUGUGGCCAUGCCAUGCAAGAACGACACGGAUUGCAACUACUCACCAAAUUGCAAAUGCGGCGGCUUACAUCUUUGUAAUUGCACCCCUCCUACUGCGCCAAGCAAUAACGGGUCUCCUCAUCCACUCAACAACGACCAGCCUUUAAUAAUUACAGAGUAGUAUUUCUUAAUUAAUUAAUUAAUCAAUU